GAAGAAGGGUACACAGGCGGGCGAGCGAGACAGCGAGCGGGAGGAUGGGCGGGAGUGCAUGUGUACGGGCGGGAGUGUGUGCGUACGGGCAGGAGUGCAUGCGUACGGGCGGGAACACGUACGUAUGGGCGGGAACGCGUGUGUACGGGCGCCAGUGGAUGCGUACGAGCGGGCAAGUGGACGAGCGAGCGAGCAGGCGGGCGGGCGCCGGGCGGGCGAGCUGGCGAACACAGGUGUGUCGUCACGCAGCACGAGACACACGAUGACGGCGAGCACACAAGGCAAAUGCCCGAUGUGCAAAUGCAGCCGACGAGCCGACUGCGUGCAUGGGCCUCAGCAGUGUAGACAACAAUUUAUGUACUGUAUGUCUUGAAAGGAGAGCUGCAAUGACAGAG